AACUGGGAACAGGGACUGGAGACAGGACAGCCUGGAGGGACGCACCUCGCAGACCGCGUCCCGCACGGAAAGAAUCAAAACGCACCUUUUGCGCUGUUAUAAUGCUUUCAGUAGUUUAAGCUAGGAAAGUGCGGUCUUCCGAGUAACCACCUGUCUCUGAGCUCAGACGAUGCUCGCAGGUGGAAUGGCACACCUGUGACGCUCUGCGCAAGUGCGACCGAGUUCUGAAAGUUGUUUGAUUCGCUACGGUGUCUCCGCGCUCCUUAUGUAAUACUGCCGGAAUUUCUGAAAAACUUGAAUUCAAUUGAAAAACACAACACUAUUAUUAUUAUUUUAUUUGUAUUAUCGCUGCCGCCCACUUUUCUGAACAAGGAAGCUUUGCUCAUGGCUUCAGAAACUUUCAGAUCCGACUCGGAGUGCCAAACGGCUCAGAAUCCCGCUGUGUACCCUGAUGCCCUUGAGUCCGUGGGCCGGGCAGAGGGCUUGACCCUGCACAACCCUGCCCUGACCGACCCCCGGGCGCUGCUGGACCUGGAGGAGGAGGACAGAGGGGUGAAAAGGAAGGGCAGGUACCGUCACAGCCUGCAGCUGCUCAAGCCAGUCAGAACCACACACAGGCACCAGCACCCUGUGGACAACGCAGGGCUCUUCUCCUUCAUGACUCUGCAGUGGCUGUCCCCACUGGCCUGGAGGGCCCACAGGAUGUCUAGCUUGGAGAUGGGCAACAUCUGGGGGCUUUCCUGCCACGAGGCCUCUGACACCAACUGCCAACGGCUGGAGCGCUUGUGGCACGAGGAGCUGAAGAGGAGGGGCAGAGAGGGGGCCUCGCUGACCAGUGUCCUGUGGAGGUUCUGUAAGACGCGCACUCUGGUGGCCAUCUUCGCCCUGCUGGUUACCAUGGUCACAGGCUUCGCCGGGCCUGCCCUGCUGGUCCGUGCCCUGCUGGAGUAUUCCCAGAGCCCAGAGCCCAGGCUGCUGCACGGCCUGUCCCUGGUGGGUGGGAUCUUCCUGAUGGAGCUGACCCGCUCCUGGUCCUUUGCGCUCAUGUGGGCUGUGAACUACCGCACUGCCACCCGCCUACGGGGGGCAGCGCUCACCCUUGCCUUCCAGAAGAUCCUGCGCCUGCGCAGCACCAAGGACACCAGUGUUGGGGAGCUGGUCAACAUGUGCUCCGGCGAUGGGCAGCGGCUGUAUGAGGCGGCCGUUACAGGGUGCCUGCUGGCAGGGGGCCCUGUAGUGGCCGCUUUGGGGCUGUCCUACACUGCUGCCUUCCUGGGACCCACUGCACUGCUGGGCUCGGCCGUUUUCAUCCUCUUCUACCCCUCCAUGAUGGUUGCCUCGCGGCUGACGGCUCAUUAUCGACGGCGGUGCGUCGCUGUGACAGACCAGCGUGUGCGCCUCAUGAACGAAAUUCUGGGCUGCAUUAAGUUCAUCAAGAUGUACUGCUGGGAGAAGGCCUUCGCUCAUAAUGUGCACAAGGUCCGGUCGAAGGAGCAGGGGAUCUUGGAGCGAGCUGGCUAUGUCCAGACCAUUACAGUGGGCAUGGCUCCGGUUGUUGUCGUGAUCGCCAGUGUGUGCACUUUCAGUCUGCACAUGGCGCUGGGUUAUGACCUCAGCGCAGCUCAGGCCUUCACUGUGGUCGCCAUCUUCAAUUCCAUGACCUUUGCCCUCAAGGUCAUACCCUUGGCUAUCCGCACUUUGUCUGAAGGUGCUGUGGCAGUGAGGCGUUUUCAGCGGCUGUUCCAGAUGGAGGAGCGCGCGGCCCUGACGGCGAGGGUGGAGGACCCCAAGAAUGCAGUGGAGUUCAGCGGGGCCACGCUGGCCUGGCCGAGCAGAAGGGACAGCGGCCGGACAGCAGCCGCCAGGUCUGGCCCAGCGGGGAGGAUGGACAGGGAGCUACGGGAGGAGAGGCUGAGCCGGUCCAUGGCCGGGGAGGAGGAGAAGGGCAGCCCUGGGGAGCACAGCGGCCCACUCCUCCUCCCCAACAUGGAGCAGGACAGCCCUCAGAGCACCGUGACCUCAGGACAGGACCCUCGCCAGCUGCUGCAGGUGGACCUGCACGUCAGGAAGGGCAGGCUGCUGGGGAUCUGUGGUGCUGUGGGAAGCGGCAAGAGUUCUCUCCUGUCGGCUCUGCUGGGACAGAUGACCCUGCUGGAAGGUUCCAUUGCAGUGACAGGGGAGUUUGCCUAUGUACCGCAGCAGGCGUGGAUUCUGAAUGACUCGCUGAAGGAAAACAUCUUGUUUGGAAAUAAACAUGAUGAGGAAAAGUACCGAGCUGUUCUUGAGGCCUGCUGCUUGGACCCUGACAUUACUGAGCUGCCCCAUAGAGACAUGACGGAGAUCGGGGAGCGAGGAGCCAACCUCAGUGGCGGCCAGCGCCAGCGUGUCAGCCUGGCCAGAGCCCUGUACAGCGACCGGCCCCUCCUGCUGCUGGACGACCCCCUCAGUGCCGUGGAUGCCCACGUGGGGGCUCACCUGUUCCACAGCGCCAUCCGAGGGGCAGCAAAGGGGAAGACUGUGCUGUUUGUCACACACCAGCUGCAGUUCCUGCCCGAGUGCGACGAGGUGGUGCUGAUGGAGGAGGGGCGGAUUGCCGAGCAGGGCACGCACGCUGAGCUGAUGGCCCGGGGCCACCACUACGCCAUGCUCUUCAGCAGCCUGCAGCGGGAGAACCUGGUGCGGAAGGACAUGAGCACCAGACUGCAGGGUGUGGAGGGCAGAGCCCAGCUGUCCCCCAGCAUCAGCACCACGGACAGCGAGCUGAGCGACAGGAGGGCAGCAAGCCAGCUGAUGAAGACAGAGGAGAAGGGCCUUGGGGCAGUGUCCUGGUCUGUGUACAGAGCUUACAUAAAGGCAGCAGGGGGCACCCUGGCCUUCCUCACCAACAUCUUCCUCUUCCUCCUCACCACGGGCAGCAUUGCCUUCAGUAACUGGUGGCUGAGCUACUGGAUCCGUCAGGGCAGUGGGAACUCGUCGGAGCUCCUGGGGAACGAGACGGUGGCCAGUGACAGCAUGAGGCUGAACCCACACUUCCAGGCCUACUCCACCGUCUACAUGCUCUCCGUGGUGGCCCUGCUGCUGCUGAAGGCAGUGCGGGGGCUGGUGUUCGUGAAGUUCACGCUGAGAGCCGCCUCCACGCUCCACGACCACCUGUUCCGCAGAGUCCUCCACAGCCCCAUGAGCUUCUUUGACACCACGCCUCUCGGCCGCAUCCUCAACCGCUUCUCCAGGGACCUGGAUGAAGUGGAUGUGCGUCUACCUAUGCAGGCUGAGAUGCUCUUGCAGAGCCUGGCCAUGGUGCUGUUCUGCCUGGUGAUGGUCAGCAUGGUCUUCCCCUGGAUCCUGCUCUCUAUCCUGCCCCUGGGUCUCUUCCUCUUCCUGGUCAACCGCAUCUCAAGGGUCCUGCUCCGUGAGCUCAAGCGUCUGGACAACAUCAGCCUAUCGCCCUUCACCUCCCACAUCACCUGCAGCCUGCAGGGACUGUCCACUAUCCACGCCUAUGGCAGGGGCCCGGACUUCCUGUGCAGGUACCAGGAGCUGCUGGACUCUAACCAAGCUCCUCACUACCUCUUCAGCUGCGCGAUGCGCUGGCUGGCCGUGCGCCUGGACCUCAUCAGCAUCUUCCUCGUCACCCUGGUCGCUCUGCUCAUCGUGCUGAUGCAUGGGAGUAUCCCCCCUGCAUCCGCCGGGCUGGCCAUCACGUACGCCAUGCAGCUCAGUGGCUUGUUCCAGUUCACUGUGCGCAUGCUCUCCGAGACGGAGGCCAGAUUCACGUCCGUGGAGCGGAUCAGUCAUUACAUCCAGAACCUGGAGGUGGAGGCACCAAGAAACAGCCCUGCAUCCUCCCCUGCCUCCCCCUGCUGGCCACAGGAAGGUCACAUCCAGUUUGAAGAUGUGGAAAUGCGUUACCGUGACAACCUACCCCUGGUACUCAAGAAGCUGUCCUUCUGCAUCCAGCCUGAAGAGACUGUUGGGAUUGUGGGACGAACUGGAUCAGGGAAGUCCUCCUUGGGAGUCACGCUCUUCAGGCUGGUGGAGCUGUCCGGAGGCUCCAUCACCAUUGACGGUGUGAAUAUCGCAGAGACAGGACUAGAGGAGCUGAGGACGAAGCUGUCAAUCAUCCCUCAGGACCCUGUUCUGUUCGUCGGCACUGUCAGGUCCAAUCUGGAUCCGUGGGCUCAGCACUCGGACAGCCAGCUCUGGGAGGCUCUGGAGAAGACGCACAUGAAGGACUCUAUCGCCCUGCUGCCUCAGGGCCUGGACUUCGAGGUGAUAGAGAAUGGAGAGAACUUCUCCGUGGGAGAGAGGCAGCUCCUGUGUGUCGCCAGAGCCCUCCUGAGGCACAGCAAGAUCUUGCUGCUGGACGAGGCGACGGCCGCGAUCGACUCGGAGACCGACAGGCUGCUGCAGCACACGAUCCGCCGCUCCUUCGCCGGCUGCACCACGCUGGUGAUCGCGCACCGGCUCAGCUGCGUCCUGGACUGCGACAGGGUGCUGGUGCUGGACCAGGGAGAGGUUGUGGAGUUCGACGCCCCCUCUGUCCUGCUGGCCAGAAAGGACUCCUGCUUUCGAGCCCUGGUGGAGGCCGCAGAAGGAAGAAGCGCUGAAGCAGACUCUGGCUGAGGCUCUGCCCCACCCUGUCGCGGCUCCGCAGCCUGACCUGAGACCACAGCUCCCCGCGUAAACCGUGGAAAGAACGACGUCAUCCUGAUCGAAGCUGUUAAUUACUUUGCGAGCACUCCUCGUCUGCGGAAUAAACCACUUUCAGUUUCUGUA